UUUCUCAGAUCAUCGGCGGUGACGAGUCCGUCGGAGAGUUGGAAGAACCAAUCGGCUACUUGACUUAUUAGAGACUAGAGAGAGAAAGUUCACAGAGAUGAAUAAGUCGAAAAUGGAACUCGAUCUCGAUUCGUUUCUAGUAUCCGACUCCGACUCCGAACCCGAUUCGGAUCCUUCCUCCGUCCCUCACCGUACAGUCGACGAAAUCCUCAACGCCUCCAGCUCUUCAUCUCCCUCUUCUUCUCCACCACCGCCAUCACCUCCGCCGUCAGCCACAGAGCAACUUAACCGCCGUGCCGCGGCGAGACCUCAAUCCGAAUUCCAUCGCGGAUUAUUAACCGAUCCGGCGCGGAGGAAUCCGGCUCCGACUACUUCGCUGAGGCAGUUGCCGCUGCCGUCGCUGUUCGCAGGAGUACGGUCCAAUGCGAAGCCCGGCGCGGCGCUUGCGGCUGCUGUGGCUGCUUCCAGAUUGGUUCCUACGCCACACGCUGCUAUCAUCAAGUCGAGGAGAGCUAGCAGUAGUGCCAGUAGCGAGUUGCUUUUGGGAGAAGAAGAAGAUCAUGAAGUCUUGUCAUCAAAUGGAGAUUCUGUUUCUGUGGAUAAGGAUAAGGAUGAGGAUGAUGCAGUUGUAGUUGCAAGUCAAGAUAACGAAGCUAAAGUAAUGGAAGUUCAAGCUAGUGAUAUUGUUGAUUAUGAUAAAAACUCAAAGCCUGACUUAGUCACUGCCUCCUCCUCUGGUGUUGUUGAUGUUGUACAAGACGCCGGAGAUGAGACAAUGUUUGUUGCUUCUUCUUUAGAGUCUUUACAUUUGAAUGGUUCUGAUGAUGUUAGGGUAAGUAAUGAUGAGGAGUCAAGUGCUGAAGAUGUUAAGAAUGAGGAUUCAGAUGUAAUUUUACCGGAUUCUAAAGAAGAAGAAGAAGGAGGGGAUGCUUUUAUUCCUGAUGAUGGGAGCUCAGAAUUAUCUGGCAUUUCGGAGCUUGUAGAAGAGAGGAUUGAGGAGUUGGAAAAGGAAAGGAUGAGUAAAAGGGAGAAACUGAAAUCGCGAUCUUUUAGGAAGCAGCUUGUCUUGGCUGAAGAGUUUGAGAAGAAACAAGCGUAUACUGGUUUGCAUUGGGAGGAAGGAGCUGCUGCUCAGCCGAUGAGACUUGAGGGUGUUAAGAUCGGUUCGACGAAUUUAGGUUACUUUGAUGUUGAUGCUAGCAAUAUCAUCAGCCGAACCAUUUCAUCCCAGGCAUUUAAGCGAGACCAUGGUUCUCCUCAGGUUUUGGCGGUUCAUUUGAAUUUUAUUGCGGUGGGUAUGUCCAAGGGGGUCAUCAUCGUUGUACCAAGUAAAUAUUCUCCCGAUACUGCAGAUCAGAUGGAAUCAAAGAUGAUUUGGCUUGGUUUACAAGGAGAAAGAUCUCAGUCUCCGGUUACCUCAGUUUGCUUCAAUCAGCAAGGGGCCCUCCUGCUAGCCGGUUAUGGUGAUGGACAUGUUACAGUUUGGGACGUGCAGAGAGCGUCGGCAGCAAAAGUGAUCACUGAACACACUGCUCCAGUAGUAUAUGCGUUUUUUCUAGGCCGGGAUUCUCAAGGUUCUCGCAUAUUUAAAAUAAUUACAAGUGACACUAAGGGUGUUGUUUUCAAACAUACUUUCUCUUGGACUCUGCUGUUGAAUAUGUAUACAGUAAAAACACAGUGUCUUCUCGAUGGACAAAAAAAUGGAAUGGUCCUCUCGGCAUCACCUCUGCCUGAUGAAAUUCUUGGAAGCUCCUUGGCCUCUUCUAAGGCGGGUAACACUGCAACUCCGUCCAGCAGUAUAAGCAGCUUGGUGGGAGGUGUUGUUGGGGUUGAUUCAAGUUGGAAGCUCUUUAAUGAGGAUUCGUCUGCGGAGGAAGAAGGGGUUGUCGUAUUUGUAACCUAUCAAACUGUACUGGUGGUAAAGCUCAUUCCAGAUUUGGAGGUGUAUGCACAACUUCCUAGGCCUGAAGGGGUUCGGGAGGGUUCCAUCCCAUACACUGCCUGGAAAUGUUCAAUGGAAAACUCUUCCAAGGAGGCUGAAGAUAGGGUUUCGUUUCUUGCCAUUGCGUGGGAUCGUAGAGUUCAGGUUGCCAAGUUGGUAAAAUCAAAACUAAAGGAAUAUGCGAAAUGGUCGCUUGACAGUGCUGCUAUUGGUGUGGUUUGGCUGGAUGAUCAGUUACUGGUGAUCCCAACUGUGACGGGCCAUUUGUAUCUGUUCACAAGAGAUGGUGUAGUAAUUCACCAGACAAGCUUUUCUGUGGAUGGUUCUUCGGGGAAUGACCUGAUUUCUUAUCAUACGUACUUUACAAAUGUCUUUGGAAAUCCUGAGAAAGCUUAUCACAACUCUGUGGGUGUCAGAGGGGCUUCAGUAUAUAUUCUCGGGACUGCGCGUCUUGUUAUCUCCAGACUUUUGCCAUGGAAGGAGCGGGUUGAUGUUUUAAGGAGAGGAGGUGACUGGAUGGGUGCUUUUAACAUGGCCAUGUCACUUUUUAAUGGGCAAGCUCAUGGGGUUGUUGACCUCCCCAAAACUGUUGACGCCAUAAGGGAAGCCAUAGCACCCAGUUUAGCAGAGCUGCUACUUUCCUAUGUAGAUGAAGUAUUUUCUUAUAUCACAAUAGCAUUUUCCAGUCAGAUUGAAAAGAACGGAGUAACUCAUGAGCCAAGCAGUGGAACCAAUGAUGUCAACUUAGAGGUAGAGGAACAAUACAAUCGUGUUGGUGGUGUUGCCGUUGAAUUCUGUGUUCAUAUUAACAGGAUGGAUUUGCUCUUCGAUGAGAUAUUUUCCAGAUUUGUGGCUGUACAACAAAGAGAUACAUUUUUGGAGCUUUUGGAGCCUUAUAUCUUAAAGGAUAUGCUUGGAUCGCUUCCUCCAGAGAUUAUGCAAGCUCUGGUAGAACAUUAUAGUAGGAAAGGAUGGCUACAAAGAAUUGAGCAGUGUGUUCUUCACAUGGAUAUUUCUUCCUUAGAUUUCAAUCAGGUUGUCAGAAUUUGCCGUGAGCAUGGGCUUUAUGGGGCCUUGCUCUAUCUUUUCAACAAAGGUUUGGAUGAUUUCAGGUCACCUCUGGAGGAGCUUUUGAUUGUCUUUCGGAACAGUGAGAGACAAAGGGCUACAGCCAUUGGGUACCGAAUGCUUGUUUAUCUAAAGUACUGCUUUCUUGGUUUGGCUUUUCCACCAGGGCAUGGAACCCUGGUGCCUACGCGCUUGCCAUCCCUUAGGACUGAGUUGAUUCAGUUUCUACUGGAGAAAUCAAACGCCCAUGAUUCUAGUAGAUGUGUAACAUCUCCACGGAUUUACUUGAACCUCUACCAUCUGCUAGAGAUGGAUACUGAAGCCACUUUAGAUGUCCUAAGAUAUGCGUUUGCAGAAAGUGAAAUGGUAGAUCAUGAGAGUCAUUUGCUGGAGUCCGGUGAAGUAAGUUUGGAGUCCAAGACCGAUGGCAGUAUCCCGGAAACAAGAUGUAACGAUAUGUUGAUACAUAAUGUGAUAGAUUCCCUAGUUCAGGUUAUUGAUGGGGGCUUAAGUCAACUUGAUGAAUCUGGGUAUCCAGAUGAUUCAAAAUCAGAUAAAAAGUGGCCCUCUAAGGAUGAUACAAGUCAUCUAUUUGAGUUUGUUGCAUAUUAUGCAGCACGUGGUAGAGCUAGCGUUCCCAAGAGCGUAUUGGCACAAGUUUUAGACUACUUAACAUCAGAUCACAUUCUUCCGACUUAUAACAUGUCUCCUAAAAUGAGAGAGAACCAAUUUCUAAACCUUCUGCAAGCUGUACCGGAGACUGAUUGGGAUGUAGCUUAUGUGUCUCAGCUUUGUGAGAAGGCACAUUUUUAUCAGGUCUGUGGCUAUAUUCAUACUAUUGGUCGACGGUACGUUGCUGCUUUAGAAAGCUACAUGAAAGAGGCAGAUGAACCCAUACAUUCGUUUUGCUAUGUGAACAAGAUGCUUUCACAGUUGAGUGGGGAUGAAUUCACUGCUUUUCAAUCUGCAAUAAUUGACAGGAUUGCUGAGCUCCUUGAAUUAAGCAGAGAGGGAACAUUCUUCCUGAUCAUUGAUAAUCUGAAAGACAACAUCACACGCGUUCAAGAGCAGCUCCAUUCUCAUCCAAGAAGCUUGUUCCUUUAUCUCAAGACUGUCAUUGAGGUUCACUUGUCUGGGAGUCUUGAUUUUUCUCGUCUAAGGAAACAUGAAGCGGUGGAUAGUUUGGGUGAAAACAUUAUAAGGAGUAUGCCCAAAGAGACUGAGCUUUAUUUGGAAGAACUUAAUGGCUUUCCCAAAUUCAUCCAAGAUAAUCCAGUCAAUGUGACUGAUGACAUGAUUGAGCUUUACUUGGAGCUACUAUGCAAGUAUGAACCGAAGUCAGUCUUGAGAUUCCUCGAAACAUUUGAUAACUACAGGGUGGAACACUGUCUACGCCUCUGCCAAAAAUAUGGAAUUGCAGAUGCAGCAGCAUUUCUCUUGGAGAGGGUUGGUGAUGCAGCAAGUGCGUUGUCACUUACACUCUCUGGACUUGGUGAAAAAUUUGUCGCGCUUGAAAAUGCAGUCACUUGCCUAAUCUCAGAACUAAAGUUGGGUGCUAGCGAAGUAGCCACCUUGGAACAAUCCACUAGUGCUCUAGAGUUAAAGGAGGUAAAUGACAUACAAGGUGUUCUGCAAGCCUGUAUAGGACUGUGUCAACGCAACACUCCUCGCCUUAAUCCUGAAGAGUCGGAGAUUCUUUGGUUUCGCUUUCUUGACACUUUCUCUGAGCCUUUGAUGGAUUCAUAUCGGGAACCAAGGAAUGUCGAUGAAAUAAACAAAGGCCCUGCCAGUUUUAAAUCAUUGGAACUGCGUGUAGAUGAAGCAGUUGAGACAAUCAAGUGGAGGAUUCCACGAUCUGAUACGGCUUUGACACAGAUCCUGAGGAAGCUCAUGUCUCAGUUUAUCAAAGAGAUUGUUGAAGGAAUGAUAGGAUAUGUUCGACUUCCAACAAUCAUGUCGAAACUUCUUUCUGACAACGGUACUCAAGAGUUUGGUGAUUUCAAACUUACAAUACUGGGAAUGCUUGGAACAUAUGGCUUUGAGCGGAGAAUACUGGAUACGGCAAAGUCUUUAAUCGAAGAGGAUACAUUCUACACCAUGAGUCUACUCAAGAAAGGUGCUUCUCACGGGUAUGCACCAAGAAGUUUGCUUUGUUGUAUAUGCAAUUGUCCACUCACCAAGACGUUCUCUACUCUUCGUGUACGUGUUUUCAACUGUGGCCAUGCAACACAUCUGCAAUGUGAAGUGUCGGAGAGUGAAACGUCAUCAUCUUCAUCAGGUUGUCCUGUUUGUAUGACCAAGAAGACCACUCAAAGUUCAUCUAAAGGUAAAUCAUUCUAUCUAGACUACGGACUGAUAAGCACAGUUUCUUCAAGCACGGGAACUUCACAACGCACUUCGCCUUACUCUUAUGAGAAUGAAAUGAUCGAUCAUUCUCAUAGCCAGCAAAUAUCACGAUUUGAAAUGCUAACGAAGCUACAGAAAGAUCAGAGACUGGUACAGAUAGAGAGCUUGCCUCGACUAAGGCUUUCACCUCCGGCUGUGUACCACGAGAAAGUUAGCAGAGUCUCGGGUUUUACACCGGGAGAGAGCAGCGGUAAAGACACGAAACCAUCCCAAAGUGGAGUGAGUACGAAAAUGAAAGCGAAAGGAUCUAUCUUUCGGCCAAGACUUGCUUUUGGAAAGGACAAGACGAGCAGAAGAUAAGGAAGCUUCUUACAAUUUGAUAUCUGGAACCGGUGCGGCCUAGUGACAACAAACUUGAUUGGUAUCAAGGACUCGAGACUCGAGAGUUGUUAUGUGGCGAGACUUUUUUGUUUGUUCUGUUGUGUAAUUAGAAGAAAAAUUUAGUUUAAGGUACUUUAUUUGACUUCUUGAUAUAUUGUAUAGUACCAAGAUUAAUAAAAUUUACAAAAUACUCUGUGUUCAAAA